AUGAAUACAAAUGGGCUGGUGACUAUUCAGCAGACUGGACUUGCACAUACUGAGGAGCAACAAUAUGAAAGUUCUGGGGCUGGUAGGGGGUCCAGAAAGGCCCAAGGUGGAGUUAAAGAUAAAAGACCAGUUAGGUCUCAGCUUUCUCCUGCGCAGGCAAAGUUUUUUGCUCAUGGGAGUUCUAAUGCAGUUGUUAAAGGUGGGUUUCAGCAGAAUGUAUGUGCUGGAGGGUAUGAGGAUUUGGAAGGUUAUGAUGUUUUGGCAUCUCCCUCUAAAAUUUUGGGAGAAUUGAGUGCCGAUGUUCGGUAUAGAAAUCCACCUGAUGGAUUGACAAACGUAACGGUGGUUGUUGAUUCUCAAUUGGAUGAUGCAAUUAUGGAAGAUGAUAUUACCCGAAGUCAAGAAUGUGGUGAUAAGGAUGUUUACAUGAAUGAUUCUCAGCCUGGGAGAAUGAAAGCCUGGCCGUCUAUUAUGGCGGUUGUUGAACCUAGAAUUUCUGGUAAUACAGCACGGAAAGUUUUACGACGGUUGAAAAUGCCCAAGUUUCAUGUGGCAGACCCUGAAGGAUUUGCUGGUGGAAUUUGGUUGUGUUGGGAGGAAUCUGUUGUGAAUGUGGAUGUGUUUUAUUCCUCUUCGCAAUUGGUUCAUGCUCAUGUCAAAUAUGGAGAGUUGCAGUUUCUUUUAUCUGUGGUGUAUGCCAGUCCUGUUCUUGAAACUCGAAGACGAUUGUGGGCUUUAUUGGAGAAUUUUGCUGCUACGGUAGACAGACCAUGGGUUAUGAUAGGGGAUUUUAAUGAUGUUACACAUAGUAAUGAAAAGAUUGGUGGUGUGGCUCAUUCGGUUGGGAGGUGCAUGUCGUUUACUGGUAUGAUUGCAAAUUGUGGACUUAUUGAUUUAGGGUUUACAGGGCCUUCUUUUACAUGGUGUAACAAGAGAAAAGGUCUCGCCCGUGUUCAGGAACGUUUGGAUAGAGUGUUAGCUAAUGAUGAAUGGCGGUUGUUGUUUCCUGAAACUUGUGUUAGGCAUUUGCCUCGUUUGCAUUCUGAUCAUUGCCCUAUUUUAUUGCAAUGUGAACCUCAUGUGGUGAUGGAUAGUUCGAAGCGCCCAUUUAGAUUUCAAGCCAUGUGGCUUAUGAAUGCAGGCUGUAAGAAAUUGGUUGACCAACGUUGGCGAGCUAUGUCGGGUGAUUUGUUUGGGAAGGGAGUUCUUUUGGCGGAGGCGUUGAAAGUUUGGAACAAGGAGGACAUUGGUAAUCUUUUUGAGAAGAAGAAGAAGUUGCGGGCUAGGAUUGGGGGGCUUCAACGUUCUUUGGCUGUCCAACGCUCUCAUCAACUUGAGUUGUUGGAAGAGGAACUUUUGAAGGAGUAUAAUUUGAUCUUAAAGCAGGAGGAGACUUUCUGGGCUCAAAAAUCCAGAGUACAGUGGAUCCAACAUGGGGAGAGGAAUACUCGCUUUUUUCAUGUGUCCACCAUUUGUCGACGGAGGCGUAACAAGAUCUCUAUGCUUCGAAACGAGGAUGGAGAAUGGAUUUUGGAACAAGAUCAUGUUCAGGAGCUUGUUGUUAAAUAUUUUCAGGAUCUCUAUACAGCAGAAAGUAGAGAUUGGGUGAGCUUAGGGUUGCUUGAGCAACCAAAAAUUUCUGAGGUGGAUAGUAGGCUCUUAUGUAGGGAUAUCUCGGCAGGUGAGGUGCGAGAUGCUUUAUUUCAAAUGAAACCUUGGAAAGCACCUGGUGUUGAUGGCUUUCAAGCGGGUUUUUUUCAGGAAUGUUGGCAGACAGUUGGACAAGACUUGGUUGAGUUGGUUCAAUCAGCCUUUGCAGUUGGUUCUUUCAAUGAAAGUUUAAGCCAAACUUUUCUUGUCUUAAUCCCAAAGCUUAUUGGUCCACUUCAAUCUAGUUUUAUUCCGGGAAGGCAGGCAGCAGAUAAUAUUCUUGUUGCACAGGAAAUGAUCCACACCAUUAGGAAAUCAAGAGGGAAGAAUGGUUUGAUGGCAAUAAAAAUUGAUUUGGAAAAAGCUUAUGAUCGGAUUAGUUGGGAUUUUUUAAAGGAAACUUUAAUGAUGUUUGGAUUUCCCCAGCCUUGGAUUAAUUUAAUUAUGUUUUGUGUGGAAAGCACUUCAAUGUCCGUGCUUUGGAAUGGAGAGAAAACUACGGAUUUUAAGCCUGGUCGUGGCCUACGACAGGGUGAUCCGAUCUCUCCUUAUUUGUUUGUAUUGUGCAUGGAGCGUCUUGGUCAUUUAAUUUUGAAAGAGAUUCAGCAGGGGACUUGGAAGCCAAUUGUUAUGGGAAGAGGUGGACCACAGAUCUCCCACUUGUUUUUUGCGAAUGAUCUUUUUCUGUUUGGAAGGGCUACUGAGGCUCAGGCGCAUGUUAUGAGAAGGGUUCUUGAUAGUUUUUGCUCUGCUUCAGACCUUGGUAAAUAUCUUGACGUCCCGUUAAUUCAUGGUAGAGUCGUUAAAGGUACCUACCGGGAGCUUGUUGACAAGGUGAGUAGCCGGUUAAAUGGUUGGAAAUCAAAGUUUCUUUCUUUGGCUGGUAGAGCUACUCUCAUAGGCUCGGUUACUUCCUUGAUUCCGACCUAUUCUAUGCUAACUACAAAGAUUCCGACUGGGAUUAUUUGUAAGUUGGAUAGCUUGAAUCGGAGAUUUCUUCGGGGUGGUUCUGAAACAAAAAAGACGUUGCAUCUUGUUCAAUGGGAGGAAGUCUGCAAACCGAAAGUUUAUGGUGGAUUGGGCUUGCGGAGCAUGGAGUUACAUAAUCGUGUUCUCUUGCAAAGAACAGCCUGGAGGUUUAUCUCGGAGCCGAAUAGUUUAUGGGUGAGACUUUUAAAGUCUAAAUAUGGGAUUCCUGAUGAUGUUAUUAGUUUUGUUUCUUCUCAUGGUACAAAGCCUGUCUGGUCUUACUCUUGGCGUGGUUUAUUUGGUGCUUUGAAAGACCUUGCUAGUGGUCUGAAAUGGCGUAUCGGAGAUGGCUUUACAGCUCGUUUCUGGAUUGAUCGCUGGUUGGAGAAACCGAUAGUUGACAGCCUUGAUGAGAUCCCACUGUAUGUGGACGAGGAUGUUCGGGUGAAGGAGUUUAUUUUAGCAAGUGGUGCUUGGAACUCUGAGUUUUUAUUUGCACAGUUGCCGUUGGAUGUUGCUUUGCAGGUUCUAGGGUAUCCGCUACCUAUGGUUGAUCCUAGGGAGGAUUCAUAUGUUUGGGCUGCUACUGCUAAUGGGAAGUUUACAACGAGAUCAGCCUAUUCGAAUUUGCUUAAUGAUAAAGGGGUGGAGCUGGUUGGUGAUUGGCGUUGGAUUUGGAGAUUGUCGAUCCCGGCAAGAUGGGUUUAUUUUAUUUGGCUUGCUAGGAGGGAAAGACUGGUUACAAAAGGGCUUCGGUUCUCAUGGGGUUUGGAUAUGGAUGCCUUGUGUCCCUUAUGUGGUAGCGCUGUAGAGGAUGUGCUUCAUGCUUUGCGGGAUUGUCCUGCUGCGAGAUGCAAACAAAUUUUUCAAGAUCCUGAUGAUGUUGGUGGGGAGGGCGAUCUUGUUCGCAACAUACUUAUGACUUCUGCCGAAGUCUGUGCAGCUAGGUUGGUGCGUGGUGCUUCUAAUGUGCCAAUGCAGAGUAUUAGUUGGCAUCCGCCUGAUGCUUUGGUGGUCAAAUUGAAUACGGAUGGUGCAUCAUGUGGGAAUCCUGGUAUAGCUGGAGCAGGAGGGUUGAUCCGGAAUGCAGCAGGAGCAUGGCUUGUUGGAUUCGCAGCCCACCUUGGUGUAUGCUCAAAUAUAGUGGCUGAGCUCCAAGCUUUACGCUUGGGUCUUUGUUUGGCAUGGGAUGAGGGCUUUCGAGAGAUUGAAUGUGAAGUGGAUGCUAAGGUUGUUCUAGACUUGAUUAAAGAAGCGGAUACUGCUUUCAAUCCUCUUGGUGCUCUCAUUGCAGACAUACGAGAUCUUCUCAGUCGGGAUUGGAGCUGCUCUUGCCAUCAUACCUUGAGGGAGGGUAAUUUCAGUGUUGAUAGGCUUUCUAAGCUUGGGUGUUCUAUUGAUGAUGACUAUGUUGUCUAUCGUUCUCCGCCUCAGGAAGUGUUGGCUGUCUUUCAAGCUGACAUGAGGGGGGUUGCUUAUCCUAGAGGUUUUAAGAUGGUGUAA